UCUUCGGCGGCGGCGGCGGUGGUGGCGCACCACUCCUCGCGCUCCAAUCCAACUUUCUUAACAAGUCGUAAAAAUAAUAAUGUUCACUCGACCACAAAAUAUAAUCUCUUCUUAUCUGUAAAGGUCAAGUUCCGCGACACGAUGCUCAUCUUAAAGGUUUCCAGUUAAAAAAACGCAUCCAAGAUGAAGACUGUGUGUGGACUUUGUGAAAAAUGUUUUUUCGUUUUGGGAUUGACUGUGCUAAUCGGACUGUUCGAGUGCAUCGACGGCGUGAAAAUCAAGAGACUUGAAGUACCGAAAGUGACGCAAUUUGGUGCUCCUAUUGUCCUCAAUUGCGAUUACACAUUGGAGGCGUCGGUGGACGAAGGACUGGUCGUUAAGUGGUUUUUUAACGAUGUUAAUACAUUGAUUUAUCAGUGGAUCCCCAACGAGAAACCACGAGAAUUAGGUAUACUUAAGGGACGUCUGGAUCUGGAGUACACCACCAGCAACGGUACGCAGAGCGCCUUGCAUAUCAUACAGCCGGGACCGGAUCUUUCCGGAGAUUACACUUGCGUCGUCUCCACUUUCACCAGCGAAGAUAGGAAGACGAAGAGGAUGCUCGUUUUCGUGCCGGAGAAGCGGCUCGAGCUGCGGCAGGAAUACAUCGGAGUAGACACGUUGCAGGUGGUGUGUUCUGCAGAGGGCGUUUUCCCGAAGCCCAAUAUGACCCUGCAUGUGGGCAACAGCGAAGUGAACAGCUCGAAGGUGACCGUGCUGGAAAGGGCCGGACUGUUCGACAUUAGAGCAACGGCGGAGGUACCGUCUUUAAAUGGCCCUGAGGAAUUCUCGUGUGAGCUCCGCAUCCCCCAGGCCAAUUACACCGUCAGAAAGGAAGCUAUCUAUUAUCCCGCAACAGCAAGCGGAAGCAGCGCAUUUCACUCAUCAUCAGCAGUUUUAGAGUCCGUUCUACUCGUUUUCCAUGUACUCUUACUACGUAAGUGCUGAGAAGACCAGCCAGUUUCAGCAGCAGCUAACACCCUCAUCCUUUCCAGGUUAAAUUGAACUUCUUGUCGAAUGGCCAAAGUGUGUUAUGUAAAAUAUUUUCUAUAAAUGUGUAAAUUAAAAGAAUGUUAUAUUCCUUGAAUAAAUUGUGUACAUUUUUUUA